CCCCCCCCCCCCCCCCCCCCCCCCUCUUUCUUCUGCAACGCUCUUUAAACCCUAGCAUCUGAGAAGCCGACAGUGACCGAUCCAAGGCUUUCCCUUCUGCGUCAUCGACAAGCGCUCGUUCAGAAUUUAUUGCACACUUCAUAUCCUCCUCUGCCACAGCUCUUUUUGAGGAGGCUUGCUUAUGAGCUGAAAUGGCCAAUAAUUCCCAGUCCUCUGGUUCACAGCCACUUCGGCCUCCUGCAGCUGUAUCCUUGGGUCCUCAAAGUUUUGGCUCAUCUUUAUCUAUGCAGUUUCGGCCAGUUGUUCCAACACAGCAAGGACAGCCAUUUGUUCCAUCGGUAUCCCCACAGUUUCGGCCUGUAGGGCAGGGUUUUCCUUCAAAUGUUGGGAUGCCUGUGAGUCAAAGCCAGCAACUGCAGUUUUCUCAACCAAUUCAGCAGUUACCUUCAAGGCCAAAUCAGCCUGGGCAUAAUGCGCCACCACCACAGGCUUUACAAAUGUCUUAUGUUCAGACAAACAGGCCACAUGCAUCUGUUCCACUGCAAUCUCAACAAAGUGCCCCCCCUUUAACUAAUCAUAUGCCUGGCUUAGCUGGCUCUGGGAUACCUAUCUCUUCAUCAUAUACUUUUGCACCGUCUUCUUUUGGCCAGCAACAAAAUAUUAUGAGUAUACCCUCCCAAUUCCAGCCAAUGUCUCAAAUGCAUGCACACGCUGUACCUGCUGCGGGGCAACCCUGGAUGUCCUCUGGAAGUCAAAGUGUAGCGCCGCCUGUUCCACCAGUACAGCAGACUGGCCAACAACCUUCAGUCAUUCCUUCUACAGAUUCUGCAGUAAAUAUUCCUAGUCAACAGUCAUCUGAUUGGCAAGAGCAUACAUCUACUGAUGGGAGAAGAUAUUAUUAUAACAAGAGGACAAAACUGUCUAGUUGGGAGAAGCCGGCGGAAUUGAUGACCCCAAUCGAGAAGGCUGAUGCAUCAACUGUUUGGAAGGAAUACACUUCUGCAGAGGGAAGAAAGUAUUACUACAACAAGGUUACAAAGGACUCUAAAUGGACAAUACCAGACGAUUUGAAGUUGGCUCGUGAACAGGCUCAAAAAGCAGUUAGCCAGGGUACACAACCAGAAACAAGUGGGAGUUCGCAUGCUCCAGAUGUUGUUACUGUCUCCUCAGUUGAAACAGCUGUGGCUACUGUCUCAGCUGGCACCUCCACUACUUCGACAUUACCUGGGGUUGCUUUGAGCCCAGUUCCGGUGACACCCGUUGUUGCAGUUUCUAAUCCUUCCCCUGUUAUGGUUUCUGGAUCACCAACCAUUUCUGGUGCACAAUCUACUGUAUCAACAAGUGCUGUUGGUAUUCAUCAUCAUGCACUAGCUGCUGCUACUCCACCUAGGGCUGUUUCAGGAAGUGCUGGAGUUCCUGAUAUUUCAAUGAAAGCCAACCCAGCACCAAUGAGUCAUUUCGAAAACCUAGCAUCUCAAGAAUUUCAAGGUUCUAUAGAUGGAGCUUCUGUGCAGGAUAUUGAGGAAGCCAAAAAAGGAAUGGCAGUUGCUGGAAAAAUUAAUGUGACUCCUUUAGAGGAGAAACCACUUGAGGAUGAACCCUUGGUGUAUGCCAGUAAGCUGGAGGCAAAAAAUGCAUUCAAAACUCUGCUGGAAUCUGUUAAUGUGCAGUCUGAUUGGACUUGGGAACAGGCAAUGAGGGAGAUAAUUAAUGACAAAAGAUAUGGGGCUCUGAAAACGCUUGGUGAGCGGAAGCAAGCAUUUAAUGAGUACUUAGGUCAAAGGAAGAAACUCGAAGCUGAGGAGAGGCGCAUGAAGCAGAUAAAAGCUCGGGAAGAAUUCACAAAGAUGUUGGAAGAGUCCAAGGAACUCACGUCAUCCACCAGAUGGAGCAAAGCUGUUAGUAUGUUUGAAAAUGAUGAACGAUUCAAGGCUGUUGAAAGAACUAGAGACCGGGAGGAUCUUUUUGAAAGCUACAUGGUGGAACUUGAAAGGAAGGAAAAGGAAAAGGCUGCUGAGGAGCAUAGGUGGAGUAUAUCAGAGUACAAGAAAUAUUUGGAAUCCUGCGACUUUAUUAAGGCGAAUACCCACUGGAGAAAAGUUCAAGAUCGCUUAGAAGAUGAUGAAAGAUGUUCACGUCUUGAAAAAUUGGAACGUUUGCUCAUUUUCCAGGACUAUAUACGGGACCUGGAGAAGGAAGAAGAGGAGCAAAAAAAGAUACAGAAGGAGCAAUUGAGGCGGGCUGAGCGGAAGAACCGUGAUGAGUUUCGCAAGCUUUUGGAAGGACAUGUUGCUGCUGGCAUUCUCACGGCUAAAACUCACUGGCGUGAUUAUUGCCUAAAGGUUAAGGAUUCACCUCAAUAUCAAGCUGUUGCAUCAAACAUCUCUGGUUCCUCACCGAAGGAUUUAUUUGAGGACAUUGCUGAAGAAUUAGAGAAACAGUAUCAUGAUGACAAAACUCGUAUAAAGGAUGCAGUGAAGUUGGGGAAGUUUACCUUGGUGUCGACCUGGAUGUUUGAAGACUUUAAGGCAGCUAUUCUUGAUGAUCUUGGUUCCCCACCAAUAUCAGAUAUCAACUUAAAGUUUGUGUUUGAGGAGUUAUUAGAGAGAACCAAGGAGAAGGAGGAGAAGGAAGCUAGAAAGCGUCAACGUCUUGCCGAUGACUUCACUAAACUAUUGUACACAUUCAAGGAAAUUACUGUAUCUUCUAAUUGGGAGGAUUGUAAACCACUUUUUGAAGAGAGCCAAGAUUAUAGAUCAAUUGGGGAGGAGAGCUAUAGGAGGGAGAUUUUUGAGGCAUACAUUGCACAAUUACAGGAAAAGGCUAAAGAGAAGGAGCGCAAGCGUGAGGAGGAGAAGGCCAAAAAAGAGAAAGAGAGAGAGGAGAAAGAGAGGCGAAAGGAGAAAGAUAGAAAGGAGAAAGAGAGGGAACGUGAAAGAGAAAAAGGAAAGGAACGAUCUAAGAAGGAUGAAACAGAAAAUGAAAAUGUAGACGUGACUGACAGUCAUGUAAAUAAAGAGGAUAAAAAAAGAGAAAAAGAGAGAGAUCGGAAACACCGGAAGAGGCAUCAAAGUGCCACAGACGACAUAAAUUCUGAUAAGGAUGAGAAAGAAGAGUCUAAACGAUCGCGUAGAUAUGACAUAAGUUCUGAUAAGGAUGAGAAAGAAGAGUCUAAACGAUCACGCAGACAUGAAAUAAGUUCUGAUAAGGAUGAGAGAGAAGAGCCUAAACGAUCACGCAGACAUGAAUUAAGUUCUGAUAAGGAUGAGAAAGAGGAGCCUAAACGAUCACGCAGGCAUGACAUAAGUUCUGAUAAGGACGAGAGAGAAGAGCCUAAACGAUCACGCAGACAUGACAUAAGUUCUGAUAAGGAUGAGAAAGAAGAGUCAAAAAAAUCACGUAGACAUGGCAGUGACCGGAAAAAAUCAAGAAAGCAUGCAUACUCACCUGAAUCAGACAGUGAAAACCGGCAUAAAAGACACAAGAGAGAUCACCGGGAUGGUUCCCGUAGAAAUGGUGGAUAUGAGGAACUUGAAGAUGGCGAGCUUGGUGAGGAUGGGGAAAUCCCAUAGCUUGUAUCUUUUGUGAGAGAUCGCUAACCUUCACUUAGUUCAUUAUUUAUGCUAGUAAACCACUGGUGAUAUGUAUGGAGCGAACUUAACACUCCCGAGAUUAAAUUAUUUUGGACUGUUGAAGUAGGACUCAAGUUUUGCGUCAUUCAUAAUUUGUAGAAAGAGUUUGUUCAUAUAUUAGGUUGGGGAUAUUAGAUGACGCUGGUGAAUAUGUUUUUGAGAUAAAAAUGAUCCUGUGGAAGAGUGAAACGUUUUUGUGCCUUGUUUGUGCAACAA